AGUAUAAAUACUUGUGUGGCGUUUGUUUGACGUGACACUCCCCCCUCGUCGAUGGGAGGCCGACGUCACCCCUUGCCAGCGGAGGAGUGGAUGGCCUCUGUAAUACAAAUACAUGAAGAGAAUUGAGGAAAAGGAGAAGAUUGGCCGAGGGGAGAAGCAACAACACGGCCGCGUAUUCCUUUUCUUCUCACCCCGACUGAUGAGCCAUAUGGACGUGAACGCCUCUUGAGACGAACUGGGAUAUUGAUUGUGUUUGCAUCGACACAAUGCCAUGUUAUGUGUGGCUUUCUUGGCUUUUCUGAGCAGACAGAGGGAGAUAACUGUACUGUAUCCCAGCCUAGCGGAUUGGAGUGAAAGUCCGCCAUAUUCUGCCUUACCACGCCCGGGAGUCGAGCCAUUGGAAGAAAUAAAACGGACAGUUUUAUUCAUGGGUGAACCUCACUGCCAUCACAGGCGGACCACAACGUGAACACGGUGGGAUUUUUUAUUUUUUUUUGGUUGAUUUUUUUGGAGAAAAAAAAAAAAUAACAACAACAUUGGAGACUUUGAAAGGGGAGUGUGACCGGACACGAGUGGAAAUGCUUAACGAGAUCACACAGAGCAGGACGGAAGAUGUGUGUUAAAAGGAUCUGUUGAUCAUAUUGAGAAGGGAAAAGCAGAUUACGCCAAUUAAGAUCGCACAUAUAUACAGUUCAGACCGCUUUGGACAGUAUUUUUUGAAGCUUUGGGUAAAGAAAGCGGACUGAAACAGUGUGGGGGGGAGGGAGGGGGGUGUCAAUAAUUCUUCAAAUAUCUAAUUUCCCUUUCCACCACAAUCUGUGCGCUGUUCAGGCUCAUUAUUACGAAAAGGCGUCCACGCGUUAAUUCACCGUGAGUGGGCCUGCGAGAGGACGUUAUUUGUGGCAUUCACGGGCCUCUGUUUCUUUUUUCAACCCUGAAAUCUGAAUGAAUCAGUAAGAAGAGGAGUGUUAGAAAAAGAAAAAAAAAAAAAAAAAAGAAAGCGAGAAUGACCCUGGAAUCCAUAAUGGCGUGUUGCCUCAGCGAGGAGGCGAAGGAAGCCCGGAGGAUCAACGACGAGAUCGAAAGGCAGCUCCGCCGGGACAAGAGGGACGCACGCCGGGAACUGAAACUGUUGCUUCUCGGCACUGGGGAAAGUGGGAAGAGCACAUUCAUCAAACAGAUGAGGAUUAUCCACGGCACCGGUUACUCUGACGAGGACAAAAGGGGCUUCACCAAACUGGUCUAUCAGAACAUCUUCACAGCCAUACAGUCCAUGAUCCGAGCCUCAGAGACGCUCAAGGUCCCCUACAAAUAUGAGCACAAUAAGGGCAACGCAAACAUCGUGAAAGAGGUGGACGUAGAAAAGGUCUCCAUGUUUGAGAAUCCUUAUGUAGAUGCAAUCAAGAGCUUAUGGAAUGACCCGGGCAUCCAGGAGUGCUACGAUCGAAGGAGGGAAUACCAACUCUCAGACUCCACUAAAUAUUACAUGAACCAGUUGGACCGGAUCGCCGAGCCGGCCUACCUUCCCACCCAGCAGGAUGUGUUGAGGGUUCGAGUCCCCACCACGGGCAUCAUUGAGUAUCCGUUUGACCUGCAGAGUGUCAUAUUCAGGAUGGUGGAUGUCGGAGGUCAGAGGUCGGAGAGGAGGAAGUGGAUCCACUGCUUUGAGAACGUCACAUCCAUCAUGUUCCUGGUGGCGCUCAGCGAGUACGACCAGGUUUUGGUGGAAUCGGACAAUGAGAACCGGAUGGAGGAAAGCAAAGCUCUGUUCAGGACAAUUAUCACGUACCCCUGGUUCCAAAACUCCUCAGUGAUUCUCUUCCUCAACAAGAAGGACCUGUUGGAGGAGAAGAUCAUGUACUCUCAUCUGGUGGACUACUUCCCAGAGUAUGAUGGCCCCCAGCGGGACGCCCAAGCAGGCCGAGAGUUUAUCCUUAAGAUGUUUGUGGACCUGAAUCCAGACAGCGAUAAGAUCAUCUACUCUCACUUCACCUGUGCCACUGACACGGAGAACAUCCGUUUCGUCUUUGCCGCCGUCAAAGACACCAUCCUGCAGCUCAACCUAAAGGAGUACAACCUGGUGUAGAGCGGAGAGGGGCCGCCAACAGGAGGCCCUCAGCACACACUGACUGACGCAAUCUGUGAAAAGAUAGAUUAUAUACACACACAUAAGAAGAUAAUCAGAGGGGGGGGAAAAAAGAAUGGUUGCAUAAUACUAAUUUAUUUGCUAUUUGUUGAUCUCUUGGUCCUCAAGGGGUGAGCAAAGUAAAUGUUAUCUUGCUAUUUAAGGAGUUGUUGAAAUAGGGGGAUAUGUACAGGAACAAUGCUUAUUUUAAGGCUUUGAGCAUAGUGAAGUUUCGUUUUCUUUUCUUUUGCUUUUUGACAGAAAGAAAGAUACUACUUUGUGCACUUGAGGUUUGGGGGCUUUGUUUGUCAGUCAGAUACAUCAGAGCUGGAACGAAUGCAAUGUGCUCCCUGCCUCCUGCCUUUUUAUAAAACAAGAAGAAAAUACAAGUUUUCAUCCCCCUUUUUUUUUUACCCUCCCUCCUUAAGUAUCGGUUCAUUCUGAAGCUUCGUCCUGGGUGUUUCAAUGGACAGAUUGGCAAGACUCUUGUUAAGUAGGUAUAAACUGUGAUUUUUAAAUUAUUUCAUUUUGAUUUGGUAUUGAUUGACUUAAAUCAUUAUUAUUGUUAUUACAUUGACUUUGCUACCAUCAAAAGUGUAGAGAAUUUGUCACCAUGGAAGUACAUUCCCCACAUUUCAGAGGGGGAAAAUAGCCUGAGCGACAGUUCUCCAGCAGCAACAGUUCUUCAGCAGCGACGAAACCAUGAAGUUAAGAAGUUUGUGAGAAACUGGCUUUUGAAAUGCUUUCUGAGCUUUGAGCGAGCAGGUGAGGAGGCACCUCUGCUCUGUCACGUAAUGGAAAUCAUAAUCCCGCUGGCUGCUUUACAAAGACUGAGGGGAGUUGAGGAGUGGAUAGUUUAUGAGUCCAUGUUGUUAAAUGGUUAUGUUCAAUUGUGCCACAUUCACGCUUUUUAUUAUGGUAAUAUGUGUAUUUAUUGCCAAUGCCAAAAUGACUCAAGUACCAUACUCCACUUUACGCGGUUUGCUGCUUAAAUGAAACGAAAAGUGUUGAGGACAGGUAAAGAGCAGGUCUAAUGAAUGAAGACUUUACAGACUGAUUUAUUGAUCAACUCCUGCAAGUAUAACACUAAGUCAAUGGUACCCCCCACAAACAAACACAGGUUUGACUGACUUAAGCCACAGUUAGUUAGCAGGCUGUCAGAGAGGAGGAAGCCAGCCAGUGUGCUGAAUUGCUCAAACUGUCCAACCACAACCUUGCUUGUGGCUACAAACCCCUCCCCCCGGCCUACAGAAUAUCCAGUCACAUUCUAGAGUCGCAGCUCCUCGGCUGUUUUAGUUCGAUGGCAGUGGAGAAUACAUUUGGCUAAUUCCUAUGUAAAAGGACACAGUGUCAAUGUUCAGUUUGUACCAAAGUAAGCCCUUCUUCUUUCUGAGUGGCACCUCUGAUUUGCAAUUCCCUCAUUCCACGUUACUUUAAGUAUUUUUUCGUAACAAUUCCCUAAAACAUAAGCCUGUACUUUACAUUUAUUGAGGCAUAGUGCAAUUAUGAAUGCUAUAAUCAUUGUACAUACAUCUCUCUCUAUAUAUAUAUAUAUAUAUGGCAGAAUCUUUGUUGGCUUUGUAAUCAUUACUUUUUUGGCAGAUUGAAUGUGCGGUAUUGAAAAUAUGUAUCUAUGUAAUUGUAUUGUAUGUCUAAUGGCUAACUCGUUUUUGGAAGAAAAAAAAUGUUAUUUACAUGUUUGUUUUUGUUUCCUUUUUUUUUUCAGAGGAGAAUGUUAAUUUUGUGUCUUGCCAGUUUUGUUUCUCAGCUAAGAAACAUUGUUCAGCUUCAGAACGACAUAAAGAGGAAUAUCAUUAUCCUAAAACACAUUGAUCAGUAUGCCAGUACUUAUAGUAGCCAGUUGGUUAAAUUGACUUUUAUAUGGAAAAACUGCAGACUGAAUCCAAUCUACAGGGCUAAUUGUAAUAGUUUAGUUCUUAACUGACUUUAGGAAUAGAGCACUCGUCAUAUAGGUGUAAUCACAUAACUCAUUGAUUCUUAUUCUUUUUUAUUUAACUUAAUCACACAGCGUCUCAAUAAGUAUUUAUUAACUUUGAGAUUUCUUAGUGUACCGCACACCUUGUGAUCCUGAGUACUCCCCACCCCACCACCUUAGUAUGCUUUAUUUAACAAGUACUGCUAGAACAUGGUGGAAGGCAGGCAGGUUAAGUGUUGCUUUGGCUCAGAUUUUGUAUAGAAAUCGUGUUAAGGAUGUAUUUAUCUGAUCGUUUGUGCUAUUAAACCGGAAUGCCAUCACCCUUAACACCACCUCAAAUGAACCUCCGGCCCAAUAGAAACUCAGUAUUGUAGAGUCUUUCAGAGUCAGUGUGUACACGAAAAAAGACUCAACCAUUUGGCCUAAUUUUGAUGGUAUAUUCACAGGUGCUUUUAUAUUUCUGUUGUUUUUUUUUUUUAUACUUCAUUUCAAUCUUGAUUGCCACCAUUUCAUUAAAAUGUACAGUAUUAUUUUAGACUUUAUUUAUGAAAUGACAACAUAGGAGAAAAAACACAACCGUUCACAUGUACAUAUUGCCUUAUUGAAUAAGCUGUGCCUCUGAAGUCUCAUGCAAAGGCACCUGUGUUUUUAUGAGAAGUGAAGCUAGUGCAGCCAAUAAUGUCCCAUUGUGCAGCCGGAGGGGUGUUUGGUUAUGGCUUGGUGGUCUCUCUUUGUUAUUCUGUGCUAUAAGAAUCCCUGGGAACGGCUUUGAAGUGUAGCUAAUAUAGCAGCAUUACAGGACAUUGUAAGAACAUCAUGAGUGAAUUGUAAUCUGAACAUACCUUCUAUUGAUUUCAUUCAUCAAUAUUGUCGCAUUAGAUUCAUGUCUUAAAACUGAAGCCACAGUGCAUUAUAAUGCAUUAAACAGCCUGAUGUGACUACGAUUAAACAACAUUGCAUCAGGAUGUGUAGUAUGUUCCACAGCCUGGACUCUAAUCCACCACACACCACCUGCGGAGUGUUUUUUUGCCACAUUUGGCUGUUGUUCGGCAUCUACCUGCUACUUUUGGCAGGCAACCAGCCGUCUCUCGGAGGUCCUGUUGUUUUCAGAUAUUUCAGCUGGCUGGUGAAAUUUCUUACAAGGAUGAUUAAUUUUGGCAGGCAACAACCGCUUCAACAAGUUCAUUUCCAGCCCAAUUCACAGUGAGAAUUGAGUAAAUCUUACAAUAACUAUUUAUCAACAGCAGGGCCUGAUAGAAGGAAAACUGAAUGUUAAAAACUGUGUUAAUGUUAUUCUGCUGGUUGCCAGAGGAGAUGUUUUGAAGCUGGACUAUAGUUUCAAUUUAUCAGUUUUGAUGGUUACUUGUUGUAGCGUAACAACAAGUAAUCAGUAACUUGUGUUCCUGCUGUUAUUAAGGGGCUUAUUUACUGUUUAAAGGGAAAAUUCUUGUUUAAACAAUUCCCAUUGCAUUCAACCCAGUGAGCAGAGAGCGCCUGGCCUUGUUUGUGAGCUUCAAGGAAUAAUAAAAAGAUGAAAAAACAGACUUCUACUUCUACAGACUUAACUACUAUUAAUGUAUUGGUUUAGCUUUUUACAUCAAAAAAAUAUAUAUUGUACUGGCAAAAAUACAAAUGAUGAUUUGAUUUUGUUAGAUAAAUACGAGCAACAAAGGACUGUGUGAGUGACUCGUUCACAUCGUUACUCUGAGGGAGGACCUGUGAGUUGUAUUCAGGCAAGAUUUUCCCCUUUAAGAGAGCACAGACUCCAGCUGGCGUUGACAGUUUGAAACCUCUGCUGCUGUUCAAAUUUCAUGCAGUAUGUUAAUGAGCAGAGCAGUUUUACGAAUACAGUAUAUCGAGGACUGCGUCAUGUAGAAUUACACGGUUGAGUUUCGGAAAAUUAACUUCACAUAAACUGCUCUUUAACUCUCAGACGUAUCAUCUGAUUGCUUUCAUACUGAAGAUAUGAUUUUUAAUUUUGACACAGUGCUGUUAUGAUGAUCUCCAAUCAUAAUAAUGGAAAAUGUUUCCUGUUCAUUAAUCUGGCCCUCAACGUUUCUUAAUGAAACGCCAUGUUUCUUUUCUAUAUCAUUACUCCCCACCAUACUACCGGCCAGAUGUCCUAAGUCAAGAUGUAUUUGAACUCCAAUUUGUAUUACAAACCUCUGUCAAGCACUGCAAAUGUAAUUAAAGUGAACACAUAUUUUAUUUAUUCAAAGUAGAAUAAUAUAGGCCAACGAGAAGUUUCCCCUCGGAAGUUAAUUUUCUCCUUUUAUCCCUGUUAUUGUUGGUGAUUUAUGUGUUUUACAUGCUCAAAAAGACAACAGAGAGACAACAGAAUACUUUGAGAAAAAUAGGAAAACUUAGCUGGUAGGAAGCCAACUUUGUUUACCUCCUGGAUUAAAAGGCCUAACUCCACCAUAAAUAAAGUUUAUUUAGAUGUGAGACAACAUUUAAACGUAAAUUAAGGCAACAACAAAAAGAAAAUGCAUAAAAUUUCAUAAAAUCCACGGCUUUUUAUAUCCUUGAGAAUUGGUGCUCACCUUCUAAAUGACCUCUAUUCCAGAAAACAAAUUCUUAUGAGCCAGAUUUUCCUUUUAAAAAUGGGAGUUGAGAUGUUAUUUUGACAUUUGCAUUGAAAUAAAUACAGCAGCCGACAGACCCUCCCUCCCCUGACUCAAUUGAAAAGUGAAAUCUUUGUACUUAACUGUUCCCACUGAUUAUAACAUGUUCAGUCUUUAUGUUUUUGUAAAUGUUCUUGUUGCAAAGCAAUCAUGAUGAUUCAGAGUAGACUGGACUUCUAUAACAUGUAUGUAUUGAGAACAUUGUUCAAAAAGAGGACACAAGUGUGGAUAAACAGAGAGUAAAAUGCACAA